AUGUGUGACCAGGAGGAAAUUCGUAAGUUAUGGCUCUGCCAAAAAACAAUAUUCCAAAUGAUGAAGUGCAGAGGAUACACAGUCUCUGAGGUGGACAUGGAAAUGGACCUUAAUGCAUUUAAAACAUCAUACCCUGCUCUUAUAAAUACAGGUAGCAAGCACUCUCUAUCCAUGCUGUUCCAGCAUACGUCCAUGCCAGAAAAGCAGCUCUUUGUUUUUUUCCCAGACAAUGCAUAUUUCAAAGCUAAGGACAUAAAGCUGUACACCUCCACCCUGGGAAAACAGAAUAUCCACAAUGGCAUAAUUGUGUGCAAGGAAACACUUAAGGCGCACAGUCUUAAGGCCCUUGACGAGUCCAGAAAAGACUACGACUUAGAGCUAUUCUACAUAAAGGAGCUCCUAUUCAACAUAACAAAGCACAAAGAUGUUCCCAAACAUGUUCUUCUGACAGACGAGGAGAAGAAAAGCGUUCUAAAGGAGCGAAAGGUAGGAGAUGCACAGCUCAAGAAGAUUCUAGUGGAUGAUCCUGUUAACAGAUACUAUGCAGGUAAAAGGGGUCAGGUUUACAGAAUAAUCAGAAAUUCAGAGACUGCGGGUAUUUCAAUAGAGUACAGAAUAGUAGAGUAA